AUGAUCCCAAACGCCUGGUUUUACCGUCUCAAGAACCAAAACCACCGCAAAAUCACGGCCAAAAAGCCGGCGGCCGGCGGCCCUGCCCCUUCAUCCUCCUCCUUCUCCUCUUCCCAUUCAUCCGUAUCGUCCAUCUCAUCGUCCUCCCUCCCGCCAGCACCGCCACAGCCGCAAAUUACCAAAUUGCCCUCCUUCCCGGAGCAGAGGAAAUCCUACUACUUCACCCGCGGCCUCAUCACCGACCCUCCGCCGGAUCCCCACCGGAGAUCGUCUUCCCGGCGUCGCCGGAGCACCCGCCGCCGCUCCGUCUCCUCCACCUCCGGCUGCAUCUGCCGCCCCGUCUCCUCCUCCGACGGCGAAGGGGACCGCGGCCUCACCCCCGACGACGGUUUCGAUGACAUUCCUCCGAUCGAGGGCCGCCGGAAUUCCGAUUUUGAUCACCGUGAUCUCCCGCCGAUCAUCACUAAAAAACAGCAUCAACAACAAAACCUGCAGAAACUGCAGAAUCAGCAGCAGCAACAAGAAAACCAGAAACAACAGAAGCAGAGUGGGAGUCCGGUGAGGCGACUGUCGGGAAGCAACCUUUCAUCGGGAGUUAGGCUGAGAACGAAAGCGAACACGCCGAGGAUGGGGAAUCGGAGGAGGAGGAGAGUGGGGGAGAGUCUGGCGGUGGUGAAGUCGUCGAGGGAUCCAGGGAGGGAUUUCAUGGAGUCGAUGGUGGAGAUGAUAGUGGAGAACGAUAUAAGGGGGAGGAAAGAGCUCGAGGAGCUGCUCGCCUGCUAUCUGUCGCUGAACGCAGACGAGUAUCACGACCUCAUCAUCGCGGUUUUCAAGGAGAUUUGGUUCCAUUUCAUAACCUAA